GGUUUCAGUGGUCUGUAGACAUGAAGGAUUUGAAUUCGGAUGUUUUUGACCCAACGGCUGGGAUGGAUUCGGAUUAUUCGCGUGCCUCUUGUUCUUCACCAUCCGACGCGGAUUUUGGAUUCGCUUUUAACGAUAGUAAUUUCUCUGAUCGGUUGCUUCGGAUUGAGAUUAUGGGGGAACCGGAAGAGGCCCGUCCAGAUUCUGUGGGAUGUACGAGCAUCCUCGAUUGGGCUCGACGGAAGAGACGGAGAGAAGAUUGUAAGAAGGAUAACGUUGUCGAUCUAAAUGGAUGCCCUGAGGAGCAAGUCUUAAAUGGAAGCCAUCCUGAUAUGGAUGAUGGCAUACCUUGUGACAAUCUAGAUGGUGAGCCUGCUCAAAUGAUUGAAGAGCUACAUUCAGGUGAUGAAGCUGCAAAUGGCGAUGAAUCAAGCUGGGGAAUGGAUUGUUCUACUGUUAUUAAAGUCAAAACGUUGCAUAUCAGCUCUCCAAUUUUGGCUGCUAAAAGCCCUUUUUUCUACAAGCUUUUCUCUAAUGGGAUGAGGGAGUCUGAACAGCGGAAUGUGACCUUACGAAUCAAUGCCUCAGAGGAAGCUGCACUAAUGGAGUUGCUGAAUUUUAUGUAUAGCAAUACCCUAUCUUGUAGCACUGCUUUGUCUUUGCUUGAUGUUCUUAUGGCCGCCGACAAAUUUGAGGUUGCUUCAUGCAUGAGGUAUUGCAGCAGACUUUUAAGAAAUUUACCGAUGACACCUGAGUCUGCAUUGCUAUAUCUAGAGCUUCCAUCCAGUGUCUUAAUGGCUGAAGCAGUCCAACCAUUGACUGAUGCAGCAAAGCAGUAUCUUGCUGUUCGCUACAAGGACAUAACCAAGUACCAGGAUGAGGUUAUGGCUUUGCCUCUUGCAGGAGUGGAGGCAAUAUUGUGUAGUGACGAUCUACAGGUUGCAUCAGAGGAUGCAGUAUACGAUUUCAUCUUGAAGUGGGCUAGAGCUCAGUAUUCAAGGUUGGACGAGAGGCGAGAAGUGCUGGGGGCCAGACUUGCACGUUAUAUUCGAUUCCCCUUUAUGACUUGUCGAAAGCUUAAGAAAGUUCUGACCUGCAAUGACUUCGACCAUGAGGUUGCAUGCAAACUUGUGCUUGAGGCCCUUUUCUUCAAGGCGGAGGCCCCUCACCGGCAGAGAAUCAUAGCUGCGGAUGAGUCGGCUUCCUCAAACCGCCGAUUCUUUAUUGAGAGAGCAUACAAAUACCGUCCAGUCAAGGUUGUUGAGUUUGAUUGCCCUCGGCAGCAGUGUGUAGUAUACCUGGACCUAAAGCGGGAAGAAUGUACAAAUUUGUUUCCGUCUGGGAGAGUGUAUUCUCAGGCAUUCCACUUGGGUGGACAAGGAUUUUUCCUUUCAGCUCAUUGCAACAUGGACCAGCAGAGCUCAUUUCACUGUUUUGGGCUUUUCUUGGGAAUGCAGGAAAAAGGAUCAGUAUCUUUUGCAGUAGACUAUGAAUUUGCUGCAAGAUCAAAGCCUACAGAGGAGUUUGUUAGCAAAUAUAAGGGCAAUUACACAUUCACUGGAGGCAAGGCUGUUGGCUAUAGAAACUUGUUUGCAAUACCAUGGACUUCUUUCAUGGCCGAAGAUAGUCUAUACUUCAUAAAUGGAGUCCUCCAUCUUAGAGCUGAACUUACCAUCAGGCCCUGACCGACCCCAACCACGUUCUGUUCUGUUCUGUAUCUAAAGGAUCGAAAGGUAUUAUCCAACUAUAUCUUGUGUAGGUUGUCUAACCAUCUAAUUUUUUGUACGUCCUUUUUUUUUUCUUUUUUUUCUUGGCUCCCCUUUUGACAUCCUUCCCUGACUCAAAGAAGAUGAUGUGAUAGUAAAAAACUGUUCUAUUGCUAAUACUUGGAUCUCAAUUAUGUUAUACUAAAAUCUCUCUGGAUAUUGCUUUA